GCUGCGCGCCUCACCUGACUCACCUGACUCUCCUUACAGCCGCUCUGAAACUCAAUGCCAGGCCACAAAGUCUCCGGGAAAUAAGCGGUAAUUGUCAGGGACCUCCGCGUCUCUUCGGAUACAGACUGUAUGCUGACAUGGAACCAGUGUACCGAGGUUUGGGUCGCUGUGUGUGCUGUUUCUGGCUCGCAGUAGCCUUUGACAUUGUGGGACUGCUCGUGCUUCUCGUCGGGGUGUUUGUGAACGUGUUUUUCUAUGACCUACUCAUCUACGCUGGAGCCAUCGUCAUCUUCCUCAGCCUCAUCUGGUGGGUGUUCUGGUACUCUGGGAACAUUGAGGUUCCCCCGGCGGAGCUUGAGGAUGAUGUCGGGUUACUGAAGAAGGACAAGGGCGCUUUGAGCGGCAUCAGCGGCGCGGUGAGGCGCCUCUCCAGCCGCGUGUCCAGCGGCAUCAGGACGUCAUUCCGUAGGAACGGAGGACCGUCCACCAGCACCCACACAGCCCGCGCGCAGAGGUCAGCCGGAGGGCUGCCGGUGGGCCCGCAGUUGGAGCAGGUAGCCGUUGCCAUGGCAACGAUGACCCCACAGGAGGAUACCCCGCACACUGCUGUCUCCUCAGCGGCGGACUGUGACGUAGAAAUGCCGCACACAACAACAGAGACUUCACCUACAUAGUGUAGUCCGACAGAGACUUGAGGGAGCCUGCCCUACAGUGUCUUCAGCUAACUCCAGUUGAUGCUCAAUUUUUUUUUUUACUGUUUGUGUGUUUCAUGAGAAAUAUUUGAUAAUUGAUGAUAUC